UCAUGAUGGGCUUCUAGCGGCGGCCAAAUUGGCAAGCCGAAGAGCCUCCAAGUCACGCAGGCCAGUGUCUGAAUAUGAAUGUCCUCGGGAGUGCUAUAGGGAGACAUACCUGUGUCUGCUCACCUGAGAGCGGUUUGUUGAGAUUGGCCCGCAACUCGGAUGGGAGGGCAUCAGGCGGAUCUCCAAAUAGAGCAUCGCCCAUGCACGACUCACGGAUGUAGAUCUGACCCCUGCCUUCACCGUAGGUCGUAUCUGAGAUCGAACACAGCACAUACGUGAGAACGCUUGGCAUUGUCGCCUGUACAUUUGACGAAAAGGAACGGGAUGAAGUUGUAGUCUGUAAUAUGCCAGCUGCACUUGAAAGGAAGGGGGUGUAGUUUAAACAUCUGAACGAUAAGUCUUCAUACCCUCCAUAGAGCUUUGGCUGCACUAGUCGGCGGUAGAAGUACAUUCGGCGGCUCCUGACCAACUCAAAAGGCUGUGAAAGAAAGUCAUCGACAAUAUUAUAUUUUGUCUCGUGCCCCCAUUACCAUUCAUACCACGAAAGUGCCCCGCGGGGCUGUCCCAUUAGGAAAUUGGGAGAGUUGCAUGUCCAUCAUCCCCGUGAACACGAUAUUGAAGUUGCCCGCCCAGCUGAUGAGAACAAGUGCAGCAUCCUCAAGAGGUUUGGCCAGCUCACAGUGCUUGAUCAGCUUCAUCACUUCGCCGGCAGGUAUCUUGGAUUCACAGAGCAUAAAGAGACAUGGUCAAUGACGUCAACAGUGUCUGUCAUGCGCACCUCAUCUGGGUCGCUCAUGAAGACCAGGUCUUCCCCAAGGCUGACAUACUUGUGAUCCAUUUCCUCGUUGAGCUGCAGAAACCUCUGCACGACCUCGUUACGUGCCCACGACUGUGCUUCGAAGCACGCUUCAUCGUUUUUGCAAGCUGGGCUGCUCUCAUAUUUUGUGCGCAUCACUGAUUCCGACAGCUCGAUGACGAGAAUUCGAUCUCGCAAGUCACCAAACCUGGAAACAGCAAUUCAAUCACCCAUCGAUGACGUGCCAUCGAUUCUUUCGACCAUUGAGGGUCUUGCAGCGCCCGGGUCAUCAAGAGAGGCUUCGAGCUCCCUGUCGAAGUCACCCGACUUUCCCCAGCGACAAACCAGUCGACUGCGUGCCGCAACUCGUUGAAGCGCACCUCCGCCAUAUCUGAGUGUCAACACCAAAAUCGGAUCCAUUCGCCCACCCGCAGACAGAAUCUCACGUCUCACCCAGGUCAAAGCCGAAGUAAAAGAUAUCGACAAUUUUCCGCGGUCUGUCCAAUCGUUUGCCCGACAGGAGCCCGGUGUGCCUGUCAUUUGCUGUGCAGUCGCCGUCGCGUAGUUCAGUGUAGCUCGUUCAGUGUAGCUCGAGAGCGACACAGCUCGCAUUGAUGGGCACGGGAGGGGCAGACAAAACGUACGUGGACAAAGCGUCGAUAACUCUUUGACGCAUUUCUGCAGACAAACAGUGUAAUUCCCAUUCGACGACACACGGGACAGGCUUUUUGCAAUCUUACGUCUCGGUGCGUAUGGCUGGCUGGGAUGCUUGGGCACGUCCCCGAAGUCGAAGGCCAUAAGGGCGCCAACCAGGGAAGGGACGAAAGAAGCAGAUGGUGCUGUUGUUGAGGGAUCGGUGUGAACCUCAGUAAGGGAUUCCACUAUAAUUGGCCUCUGGGUACGACGAGGGGCCAAGCGAGGGGCACGAAGGAAGGACACGAGAGAGGCGUGAGCGAGAAGGAAGCGAUGAGAGAG